GAAAAGUAAACAGACUCUCAUGUAACUCAGUAGUCCUGCAGUGCUCUGACUGUGAUACACUUAUUUUAUUUUAAUUAAAUAAAAACUGUGUGUAAAAUAUAUGUAAAAAAAAGAUAUAUAAUUUAAUUGAUUGAACAAGUGUAGUUAUAAAGCAGAACCAAACAUGUUGUUAUUCAAUAGAGAAGUGUUGUCAAACGUGAAGAAUAUAAGGAGGACGUUUAUUGAAAUUAAUAUCAAAAUUAUUGCGGCCCUGCCAAUCUUCUUCUACGGUCUCUCUCAAACAUGGCCGGCACCCCACGCCCCCUCCCUAACCGAGGCUCAGACAUCCUGGCUGCUGUCUGGAGUGCACCUGGCUGCCCCCGCGGCGCUGGUGGUGGCGGGUGCCGCGGCUGACAGGCUGGGACGGCGGCGUCUGCUGCUGGCGGGCGCGGCUUGCGCUGUCCUAAGCAGCAUCAUCAAGCUCUCCUCCUCCUCUCCAGCCGCCCUGAUCUCCAGCCAGGUGGUGGGCGGGCUCGGCGCGGGGGCGCUCGUGAUCGGCCCCCUCUAUGUGCAGGAGAUGACGGGGGGGAGUCGGAGCGGGUACUGCCAGUGGGUGGUGCUGUCUUUGGCUCUUGGCAACCUCUCGUCCUUCAUCCUCAGCGAGCUGGUGUCCGUCUCCACAGCAUGCUGGCUGGUGCUGGCGGCGCAGGUCACCGCCCUCGUGGCCCAGGCGUGCCUGCCAGACACACCCAACUACUAUGUCAUGAAGGAAAACAACAAGAAAGCCUCCGAGACGCUCUGUUGGCUGAAAUGCGUGAGCUCCACCGACAUCACAGUCCGGGACGACGUCAACUCGCUCACGAUCGCACAAGUACAUGAAUCUACUAAACUGUCGCCGUCACGUAUUUUCGCAGACAAGACAACCAUAGAAGCGUUCUUCAUAGUCCUCCUACUAACAGUUCUGAGAGAGCUAUGCGGAUCCCUCACCAUCCUCACUUAUAGCAAUGAGAUAUUCGAUGCUGCUGAUCGGUUCACUCCUACCAACUGCUUCAUUCUGACCAGCAACCAGCAGGGGAUCCUGGUGGCUAUGGCUCAGGUGUUGGGACUCAUGUUGUCGUGUCUGAUUGUGAACCACUGUGGAGCUAAACCGCUCCUCCUCGCGUCCACCAUGCUCAUCUCUCUCAGCACCAGUCUGCUAGGCGUGUGGUACUUCGUCUCUCACCACGGCGCGGCGCUGCCGGGCUGGGUGCCCGCGGCGGCGGCCUGCGCAGGCUCGCUCGCCGACGCCGUGGGGCUUCGGCUUGUCUGCUUCAGUGUCGUCACUGAGAUGUUCUACCAUAGGGUGAGGUUCUAGU